AUGGCACCACCUACCCCUCUCAACGCAACCCCUCACCUUCUUCAGUUCCUACGGACUCUCCACUCGCAAUCGCUCACCCAAGAGGCGAAACUGGACUGGCCGUCGCUGCCUGAGAAAUGCACUGAUGCCUUCGAUGAUAUCAUGCGCGAUAAGUUUGUUGCGCUGGAUCAGGACAAAUGCGAGCUGGUGUACCAUAUUCUGCGCUCUAUCAAUGCCACCACGGUGGUUGAGGCUGGAACCAGCUUCGGUGUAAGCACAAUAUAUCUUGCACUUGCUGUUGCAGAAAAUGCGAGGCGAGAAGCUUCCGCUUCGGUGAAGGGGAGGGUGAUUGCGACGGAAAAGGAACCAUCCAAGGCCAGCGAGGCGCAAAAGAACUGGGAGCGCGCUGGCGCGGAGAUCGAGGGCAUUAUCGAUCUACGCCUGGGAGACUUGCGUGAGACUCUCGCGAAGGAUUUGGGUGUUGUGGAUUUCCUCCUGUUGGACAUCUGGGCCCCUCUCGCUGAGCCAACCCUGAAGCUGGUGCAGCCGCAUCUCAGACCGGGAGCUGUGAUUAUGGUCGAUAACACGAUCAAGGCCGCGUCCACCUACGAGGCGCUGUUUGCACAUGUGGAUGCCCCUGAGAGUCCCUUCCGCCGAGUGACGCUUCCCUACGAGGGUGGACUGGAUAUGAUCGUCUACCAGGGCAGACCGUAG